CAAUCAGUUCUGUCUACUCUCCACUACUGUCUCUCUCUUCUCUCUCUCUCUUCUCUCUCUCUCUAUCUCGAGAUAGACACGUACUGAAUUUUUAAUUUUUGAAAAAAGAGAAUGCAAUUUGUGUAAAAAUAAUAUUGGAACACGAACAAACUUUUUCAAAACAUAUGGAUUCGCUCCUCCUACCAUUAUAAUAAUUCUAGUGCUUUCAUACGUUUAUAGACAAAAAAACAGAAAAAAACCCAUAUGGAGUGUGUAGAAACAUUUCUCGGUGAUUUUUCUGUCGACGACCUUCUCGACCUCUCUAAUGCCGACACUACUAGUGCUUUCAUACGAGAAGAGUCGUCUUCGUCACAAAGAGAAGAAGAAGACGAACAAGAACAAGAACGUGACAAAGGUAAAGGCCUUUCGGACAAAAGUACUCGUCUUUCACCGCUUGAAGAUCUCUUGUCUUUUCCUAGUGACGACGUUUCAGUUGGUGGUGAUUUGGAGGACCUAGAGUGGUUAUCCAAUUUCGUGGAGGAUUCUUUCUCGGAAUCUUAUCUGUCCGGUGAUUUCUCGGUGUCGGUGGAGGUUCAGAGACAGUGUGUUCCGGUCAAACCCCGAAGCAAACGCCGCCGCACCAACGGCCGUGUCUGGUCUCUGGAGUCUCCAUCUUCUCUGCUACCCACCGCCGUUGCCGGAAAGAAGAAGAGAGGAAGACAGACGGAGGAAGCGUCGUCCGUUGACGGAGUCAAGCAGCAGCCGAGGCGGUGCUGCAGCCAUUGUGGAGUAGAGAAAACGCCUCAAUGGAGAAUGGGUCCAUUAGGUGCCAAGACACUGUGUAAUGCUUGUGGUGUCCGGUUUAAGUCGGGUCGGCUUUUACCCGAAUAUAGACCCGCUUGUAGCCCGACAUUCUCCACCGAGAUUCACUCUAACUCUCACAGGAAAGUUUUGGAGCUCCGGCUCAUGAAAACAGCGGAUCCGGUUCGGGUUACACGUUAGCAAAAACCUAGGGUUUUCUAAAUUUAUCAGUUUUCAUAUGCAUAAUGUGAUCAGAAAGAUCGCAGAUGAUUUUCAGAUUCAUGAAUUUAAAGCUAUGAUUAGUGAUAUUUCAGUUUACAGAAUGUGUGAAAAAAGAAUGUGUGAUUAAGAAAUCAUGAUCAUUAUAGACAUUCAUAGUUCAUUA